AUUCUUUUGUUUAAAUCCCUUCUUGCUGUGAGCUGCUGUGAAUGGAUGCAUUCCUGUACAGUAGAUGGCAGUAUAAUCCACCCAGAUCUAGUGUGUCAUUUCCUUUGAGCAGUGAACCAGAAGAAGACAGCAGCAGCCAGCGCAGACAAUCCUGGGAUUCCUGUUUGGGGAUAUUUCAUCCCCAUGUUAUAAAUCUAUGACAAUUAUUAUCUUAAGAUCUGGGGAUAAUGGCCAAUAAGAAGAAAGUAAUAGUAACAGGCUUUGAGCCUUUUGGAGAGCAUGCAGUAAACUCCAGCUGGGUGGCAGUGCAGGAACUGGAGCGAUUAGGGCUGGGCGAGGCAGUAGACCUUUAUGUGUGUGAGGUGCCUGUUGAAUACCAGGCUGUUCAGACCCUAGUGCCAUCACUGUGGAAAGAGCACCAGCCACAGUUAGUAGUCCAUGUUGGUGUUUCUGGAUUAGCUACCACAGUCACUCUGGAAAAGUGCGGCCACAACAAGGGUUACAAACGGUUGGAUAACUGCCACUUCUGCCCUGCCUCCCAGUGUUGCAUGGAGAAUGGCCCUGACUGCUUAAACUCAGUCCUGGAUAUGGACACAGUCUGCAAAAGGGUCAAUGACUCUGAUAUCGGGGUGGCUGUGUCCGUGUCUAAAGAUGCUGGGAGGUAUCUGUGUGACUACACCUACUACACGUCUCUGUACCUGGGGCAGGGCCACUCUGCCUUUGUCCAUGUGCCUCCACUUGGUAAACCCUACUGCAGCCAGGACCUGGGCAGAGCCCUUCAGGCUGUCGUACAGGAGAUGCUGAACCUGCUGGAGCUGGAUCAUACUGAGGAAGAGCAAAAACACAAUGAGCACUGCAAUCACAAACAUCAACACCAGCAUGAGCACUAAUGGCUGUCUCACAGCCCUGAGCAGACUCAUAGAUUCAGCUAACCAAAACAGACCAUUGGCUUGUAGUAAUGGAUUAAUCAGUGUAACUUCUGAAGCACAUUUUGAUUUAGUUGUGUGACUUAGAAAAUGUUCAACCUGUGGCUUAGAGUGCAGAUAGUGAUGACUGAAGACAAAUGGACCUUUAGGUGUAGAAAUUAAUGGCAUGAAUUUCAGAUUUGUUGCCAACUUACAGCUCAGUGAGUCUGAACCAGGUGCUUUAUUAAAAAAAGUGGUAUGUUAAAAAUGUUGCAUGAGUCAGUCCUGGACACAAGACCCUGACUGCAGCAUCUUGUUGUUGUUGUCUUUGUGUGCCAGUGUGGAUUUGAAUGUGUCUGUAAUGUGCACGAGUAGUUGGCAUCAGUAAGUAUUUGUCAUGUCCAACUCUGAUCUUCCAUAAGACUGUGAAAUUAGAUGUCAACUCAGCAACAUUUAUGGACGUUAAUGUUGCAUAAUGUGAAAAAGGGAUUUUUUUGUUUUACUAUAUUAAGAUAUAAUCAUCAGUAGUAUUAAUACGACAGUAGCUAUAACUAUAAGUUAUAUGGUGACACACUGUGGCAAUUUUUACAGUUAUACUAUCUUCUCACUGGUUUCCCAAAUCCUCUUGGUAUGAUUUGGCUAUUGUCUUGGAAUUAUGCUGUCAUUCCUUUUUAUUGCUUGCAUUUGCACCAGAGAAAUGCUGACUGAUGACUUUGAAAUGAUGAAAACCUGAAGAAAUUUAAAGAUUCACACUUAUAAUAAUGUUCUUAUCUCAGGGAAUAUAUUGCACAUGCAAUCAGUAUGAAUUCAUUUGAUGUGUCUGUCCUAUGUGUGUAUUGAAGCUUUGCAAGGCAAAGCCAACUUAUAUUCUGUGUAUAAUUAAAACACUU